CCUGUGGGCCUCUUCUGAAUGAUAUCGCUAUCUCUCUCCCGCACCUACGCGCACCACGUGUAGGGGUUAUCUCCUUCCACAUUCUCACAAACGCAACGGACACCCAACGAGUCGUCAAUAAUGCAAAGUGUAAUAAAUUCGGUGAAGGGCACCGCGUUGGGCGUCGCCGAAUACUUGACGCCGGUGCUGAAGGAGAGCAAAUUCCGAGAAACAGGUGUCUUGACACCAGAGGAGUUUGUAGCAGCUGGAGACCAUUUGGUACAUCACUGUCCUACAUGGCAAUGGGCUACUGGUGAUGAGGAUAGGGCAAAGUCCUAUUUACCAAAGGGCAAGCAAUUUCUGCUCACUCGUAAUGUCCCCUGUACACGUCGAUGUAAACAGAUGGAAUAUAGCAACGAUCAAGAAUGUAUUAUAGAAGCAGAUGAUCCUGAAGGUGGAUGGGUAGAUACUCAUCAUUAUGCAACUAGUCUUGCUGGCCUGGAUGAAAAAGUAUCAGAAAUGGCCCUGGAGGAGACAUUAGAGGAGCCAUCUCAAGCUCAUGACAAUGCAGAUGAAGAUGAGGAUGACGAGGAUGCUGCUGAUAUGGAAGCUUUCGAAAUUAGCGGAAUGUUAGAUGAACAAGAUAAGCACACGGCGACGGAAAGUAUCAAGAAAUCUGGUCAAGAAAAACGGGACUCAUUUACGGAGGGAGAAAUUAUUCGCACCCGCACUUAUGACUUAUAUAUUACAUAUGAUAAAUAUUAUCAAACUCCUAGAUUAUGGUUGUACGGAUACAAUGAGAAUCGAAAACCGCUUAGUGUAGAAGAGAUGUACGAAGAUGUUAGUCAAGAUCAUGCUAAAAAGACAGUUACAAUGGAAACUCACCCACAUAUACCUGGUCCUCCUAUGGCUUCUGUUCAUCCUUGCAGACAUGCAGAAGUGAUGAAGAAAAUCAUGGAGACAGUAAUGGAAGGUGGCGGAGAAUUGGGAGUGCAUAUGUAUCUUAUAAUAUUCCUGAAAUUUGUUCAAUCUGUCAUACCGACGAUUGAAUACGAUUAUACACAAAAUUUUAUGUUAAACGCAGUCGGUUAAAUGUCACAGUAUUAAAUUACUUACAUUAUAUUGUGAUUGAUAUUAAUCGCUUGCAAACUACUUUAGUGGAUACACGGGAUAUUUAUGUAUAUCGAUGUUUACUACGCUUUUCAUCAUAAAUGCCAAGAUUGUAAGAAUAUUCAAAAUUGUAAGGAUUGAAGAAUGUGUAAUUAAGACUUCUACUUGACGAUUACAAUGCUCACAAGCAUUAUCUUUCAAUCAUUUGUUUAAUUUGUUUCGAUAAAUGACAAGAAUGAAAUGACGAAUUCUACGAAUAAUCCUAUGAAUGUUGCAAUCGUCAAAUGGAACAUGACCUAAGUAUAUUUUGAAUUUGAAGAUGCACGAAAGUCAUGGAA